AUGAGAGACAUUUUUCAUCAUGCUUAUGUGACUAUCAUCGCUGCAUGUCCGUCCAAAGUAAGCGACGGCUUCUUGCGUGACCGCAGGCCCGGGUUUCCAGCUCCAAGCACACUUCCGUUCCGCACUCCCGAUGGUGCUUUGGGGACGAUGUUUCUGAGCCAUGGAACUGAUCUCCGGCCCGAGCCGGUGAACAGUCGGGCUUGGUGCUUGGAGGAACGAGUUCUGUCACCACGGUCUCUAGUCUAUUGCUCCCACACACUGCAGUACGAAUGUCAGACCGAGCACAUGAAUAUUGACCGUGCCGCAGACCCGCGAGACGUUAGAGAUGACAUCGUGCAACUACCGUCUUGGGUCUUCCACGAUCGUUUCCUUUCGAGUCCAUUCAUGGUCCCUGGAAUCGAAGAUGCAGAGCGCACACUAGACAAAACAUGGGGGAAGAUCAUUAGCUGCUAUACACAGCGUACCCUUACAAAACCGGGAGAUCGCCUCAUCGCAGUGUCUGGACUAGUACAAAAGCUCCAUCAACAUUGGCCAAAGGGCCAAGAAGAAACUCCCGUCUAUCAUGCUGGACUCUGGUCUCACCACCUCCCAGGAUGCCUCAUGUGGACAGUUUCACGGCGCAAGUUCCCACGGCCCGCUACUUAUCGGUCACCCUCUUGGAGUUGGGGCGCGGUCGAUGGCGAAAUCCAGUACGCUACCAGAGAUGUUUCCAACAUGAUCUGCGAGGUCCACUGCUGUCGAACCUUUCUCGCACGAGAAGAGCACCCGUAUGGUAAAGUCAUUGGUGGGAUGCUAAUUCUGCGGGCAAUGGUUAGAAGGGCAAUUUGGGAUCCGGAAAAUGGCAAUUUUUUCGAGCUUCAUGAGGUGCUUGCAGCGGGCGAGUAUCACUCAGAGGAACAAGGGGAUGAUGGAGAAAUCGGAUAUGUUACAGCAGAUGCUCUAGAACCGGCGUCCAGUAGCGUUGGGGAGGUUUACUUGGCCAUUUUGAUGAAAACUGACAUGACAGUGCGAGGCCUUGUAAUGGAGCGGGAUUCCACAACUGGUCCCAGCGCGAAUACAGUUGAAAUCGUCGAGCAAAAGGAAACGGCAUUCAACCUAAAGAUUGAAACAUUUCGCCGGCUUGGGACUUUCACGGCGCCUUUCUGUGAUCGGGGUAUAUGGUUAUCCACGCCCUCCCAGGUGUUACAAAUCAUAUAA